AUGUUAGCCACCGCAGUGCGCAUGUCCAAGGGAGGACCAGGCUUCUUCCGCAAGACGGCAGAUGAGCUGAGCCGAGCGACACGAAUAGCGUGGAAGCUCGAAGGCCUGGACAUCGCCAAAGACCAAUACCAUCUGCUUGAUUUCACAAAGGAGGAGACCGUGCAAGGAUGCAAAACCAUGGCAGAUCGUGCGGUUGGAGGAUACAGUACGGCUAGUCUGGAUUAUGUUCCUGCAGACCCGGAGACGAAGAUGCCAGCACACGCUCGAUUCCACGGCUCGAUAUCGACGAAGCUGCCGAAGGAUUGGAGGAUACAGAGAACCGGGUAUGCGGCGUUUAGAAACCAGGACCGCGGGUUCUGGCUGAUGGGCAGGCUGUACUGGGACGUCGACCCGUACACGUACCUGGCUCUGCGAGUGAAGUCGGACGGAAGACGGUAUACGGUCAACGUACAGACGGAUUCGAUCAUCGAGUCAGAUAUCCAUCAGCACCGGCUGUUUACUCGGCACCACCGACUCCUGAACCGCCCCGAAAACCACCUUACAUCCUCCACCAUUACGCCAGAAGAGAGUCUCUCCGAGCCAGAAUCCGAAUCCGACUUCCCGUCUACGUCUACAUCCUCACCGUCUCGAAUACCAGCGGCUUUAGCCGACUUUGCUCCUCCCGCAGAAGAAUCCAACAUCACAUCAUCAUCAUUAUCAUAUAUAACCGACCCCCAACCGGGCUCAUCGGGCUGGGAGACGAUACUGAUCCGGUGGUCAGACUUUGUCCGAACGAACCUGGGCACAGUCGUCGAGCCGCAGACAGGCCUACUUCAACAGCGGGUGAAGUCAAUUGGCAUCGGGCUGACGGAUCGAGUGGAAGGGCCGUACGAUCUGCGCAUCCAUCGGAUGUGGGCGACCAACGGGCUGAGCGGGGAGGAGCUGGAGGAAGAGAGGAGGAUAUGUGGAGAAGAAGCGGUUUAUACUUCUGCUCCGGCAAGCCCUGUCUCUGUGGCGGCGGGUAGUAGUAGCAGCAGCAGCGACGGCUCAGCCUCGACAGCGAAGGUUGAGUCGGAGUCUGGCCAUGUCGAUGAUGACGAUCACUCGUCGCUGGUUGAGAGGGAGUCCAGGGGCUUGGACCGGUUUAAAGAUCUGAAGGGGUUCCAGAAGAAAUGA